AAAAGAAGAAUUUCUUCAGUAUUUAUUCGAGGAAGUUCGUGGUAUCCAUUUUCCAGCUUCCUGCUUUUAAGAUCCGCAGCUGCUGGAUUCAUUAUCCACUUUCAUCAUUCAUAUUUUAUUAACGUUUAGUGUAUCGUAUAUCUGACAUUUACUCGUGUUUGUCUAUUUUCCAUGUUCUACAUUAAGUUCUCCGUUCUCGUGGAAUUAAAAAAGUCAGCCAUAUUCCAUUGGUGUCCCUUGCAACUUUUUUUUCCAGCACGAAUCAGCGAAAUCAUCAUUAUUUUAAUAACAACUGCAUCGGAUCAAGUAAUAUCCUUGAAUAAUGAAUCAUCGGAGCAACGGUUUUCACAGUCAGAGCGGUGCGAAUGGAAGUCCUCCGAAUGCGACCCUUUUCAGUGGAUUUCCUAAAGCUACAGCUGCAUCAAAUCCCGCCAUUGUGAAUGGGCAUCACGGAACGAACGGAAAUUCUGCCAGUAUUAACGGCUUGCACGGUGCCACAGACGGCACUUCCCAACCUUCCCAUGCGGGCGAGCGCAUUCCAAAUGUUGGUAUCUUUUGGGACAUUGAAAACUGCCGCCUGCCUGCGAAUGUGCUGCCUCGUGAUGUGGCCACUAGGAUCCGGGAAGUGCUAUGCGAAGGACAGGGCCGGACGUACGGGAUUUUCCGCUGUUGCUGUGAUAUUGUCAAAAUGAAGAUGAUGAAUCCCUUGUUUUCCCGUCAGUUUGAGCAGGCCAAUAUUCGUCUCACUAACAGCGAAUCUGGCGCUAAGAACGGCGCCGAUUUUCAGCUCAUCCAGGAAAUGCGUGACUGGGUUUCUCGGGCUCAUGUAGCCGAUGUUAUCGUGCUGAUUUCAGGUGACAUAAAUUUCGCACACUGCUUGGACGAAUUUCGCAGCAAAAAUCGCCUGUACAUUAUCCUUUUACAUCCUCCUCAAGUCAAUCAUGGAUUGUUGAUGCAUGCCCAUGAGCACUAUUUAUGGGAACAGUUCUUGAAUGGGUUAGGCGCUUCGCCUGCCAUUCAAGCCCAAACGAUGGAAAGGGAAGAAGACAGACAAGUUAUUAUCCGAGGCAUUCCACCGGGGCGCACUUAUGAGCAGGUUUUCACGCGACUGAAGAACCUGUCCAGCAGCUAUGGUGGAAAUAUUGAUCUGAGGAUGAAUGGAUUAAACCCGUACGCCAUUAUCACAUGCUCCUCUAUCAGCUAUGCUAAGCGGUUGAAGCAUGGAAUGCAUCUUGAGGAUUGUUGUGGCGGUAAACUGCAGACGUCGUACCGACCUGGUUCGUCUCUGUACAGAGAGGAAUACCCCUCGGAAGUACGGACCUAUCGUCCUCCUGAAUUUGGCCGUGUUUAUCCACCAGUACAGCCGUCACUGCAUCCGUCCUACACCGAUCCAUGCCUGCCUUCGAAAGGCCGACCGCGAUUUGGUUUGAGCGCCUAUCCGUCUAUUCCGUCUGAUUCUUCCAUACAGUACGAAGCUCCCAUCCUUCCAGAUGGAAUGCCAGGUUUGAAUUCGGCGCCCGUUGAUCCCGCUCCGCUACCACCGACCACGCGGCCUGCCAAGUCUUCCAUCAACGGGAGUAAUGAUUCCCAUAAACCGCCGCGUAUUGUUUUCGAUGCGCGCACCGCAGCUGCUCCGACAGUGCCAACGUCGGUUUUGAAGAAGGAUAAACUCUCGGGUAUGCAGCGUUUCAUCUUGCAAGAUCAGGAGCGGCGUUUGGCGGCUGAACUGAAAGAUCUAGCGGUGUCGGAUUCGAACAAGGUCGAGUCAACGCCAACCACCCCACCAAAAGUUUCUGUAAAAACCACUAAAGACAAUGCUCCCGUUCCGGAAUUGAGCAUAGCUAAAAGCGCUCCUGUGAAGCAUCUGGUGGAUACAUCCGAUAAGACUGCAACAGAUGUGUACGUGACUAAUCUGGAUGUUAUUACGGAUCGGGAUGUGCUGUGCGCGAAGUUGAUGCAACUUUUGGAACCAGUUGUUCCUAUUUCCUUCGUUUCCGUUUACCUGGAUCAGCUGGGUUUGGCGUUUGCGCAUGUUAUUGUGCUGGGCAAAGAUAAUGUGGAAAAGUUGUUGAAUUUCGCCAACAAUACUGUCUUUGGUGGAAAACGAUUAUCGGCAUCUCUGGACGAUCCUAGUCUACCGGUUCCGGAGAUUGUGCAGCGCUCUAUCGUGGAGAUUUUUAAAAUCCACAAAAAGGACGAGAUGGCUUAUAUGGAUUUGGUCAGAUAUUUUGAGUUGGAGCACGAUGUAAUCUUGGACUUGCGAACGAUUCGGAAAAUGUCCAGCAUUGUGGAAGAUUUGGAGCAUGAUGGGAGAAAAUGGGUGCGCCUCCGUGGUGCCGGAAUCGCUUUGAUUGCAGUGACUGCUGCUAAUGAGGGCAAGCCUCGCCUUGAAAAGGGUUACUGUGAAACUCAUUGUGCUGGUUUGGAUAUACACAAAGCGUUCCCAAAGAAGCAGUAUAAUCCAAGCAGCUUGUAUCGCACGUCGUUCGGUUUGGCCAUUUUCAAGGACCAUAUUAUCGAACUACUGAAGCAACAUGGCAACGCUAUGCCGAUCAACUCGUUUUUGAUCUGCUACGAAGCUUUAUACCCGAAACAUUUGGUGGAGGAUUUGAAAGAUGGUGUUUAUUUGGAGCAUCUAUUGCUGAGCGUUCCUGGUGUCUCCAUUGAGCAAAAAGCACUGGAAUCGCGCAAACUAAUCUUACGAACCGGCGUAGAAAAUGGCAGUUCGACUGAAGACAACGACUUUGCUGAGGAUGUUGCGGGAAUCUUGACAUCGACCGAUAGAGCUGCGUAUCCUGUGCAGAUGUUCAUGGACCGCUAUCACGCUCUUAUCGGUCUGGGAAGUGGGUCCCGUACUCGCUACAUAGACCACGAUGUAUUGCUGCGAGAAUUGCAGGAUGUGACGAAAGAUAUUCAGGUGGUGGGAUUGGGAGCUUCUCGUAUUGUGACGCUGACGCACGAAGCCCAGAAGCGCCGUUUCAAGGCGGAUUUGGCCCUCGUGCAGGAAAAAUAUCCGCCGAGCUCGAUUACAGCUGCUAACUUUGCCGAACGCUAUCGUGACGUGAUGGGGCGGCCUUUUGCGGCCAAAAACUAUGGAGUAUGCCAUUUAGAGGACCUAUUCGAUGGAAUAGAUGUUCCCUAUUUGGCGCCAGAAGUGACGGGCCGACCGAAAGGUCACGCUGUUGCUGGCGAUACGGCAGAAGCAGUCGUUAAUAAGGGAACGGCGCUGCAUAUUCUGACUGCAGAAGUGAUCGCUUUACUGAAUUUCUCCCCUAAAUAUCGCCUGAAUCUAAUUCGUUUUCCUGCAAGUUACCAUCAAAUGUUCAAGAAGCAGCUAACGCUGCGAAAAUAUGGAUGGACCAAGCUGGUGGAUUUAAUUACUACGCUGCCGGAAAUUUUGGAAGUAAUUAAGAUUGGACAAGAUCGUUUCAUCCAGCUGACACUGGAGAAGCGUCGCGAAGAUUUCCAAGAGUUUGGCCGAACGCUUGCUGGACGAAAGCAAGAAUACGGGCUUCAGGAAAUCCGUCAAAUUUUUAGCGAGACGUUUCGACCGGGAAAGAAGCUGAUGUUUGAUGAUUAUGGAUGUGCGAGCUGGGAUGAGCUCAUUUUCAACUUCAGCGAUAUUUUCCAGGUUCUUGUCCAGCCGAAUGGAAACUGGAGUGUGCGCAUUAAGCCAGCCCAGCCUAUCCCCGUGGAUAGCCCGCCUGCUUCUACCGGUCCGUCAUCUUCGGCAUCCGACGCAGUAGCCAGUACUAAGCUAACCAAGAAUCAGCGUCGUGCCCAACGAAAACUGGAAAAAAAGGCUGCGGAGGUGGCUGCUGCUGCCAAAACGGAUGCUGCACCGGAAGAUGACAGCACGGGUGUUAGUGACCAGGAAGCGUCGGCUUCGACGGCAUCUAACAUCAAACUCACACACAAACAGGCAAACAAGCUUCGUCAACAACAGUAUUUGGAAAGAAAACGAGCUAUGGAAGCUGCUACCAAGGAGGGGAAGACUGAAGACGCUGGCACACGUGCCAAUGAUCAGGAAGCGUCGACUUCGACGGCAUCCGACACAGCAGCCGCCAAACUGGCUAAGAAGGAGCGUCGUCGCCAGCGAAAACUGGAGAAAAAAGCGGCGAAGGCUUCUGUUGCCGAAAAGGAAGCUGCAUCGGAAGACGCCAGUCCGGUUGUCAGUGACCGAGAAGCGUCGACGGCGGAAGUGCCUGUUGCUGUUCCGGCUCGUCCAUUGGUAGUCUCCACGCGGUUGGCUAUGAAUUUUGGAUAGAUCAUACAUCCGGCAUCGCAUAUUUUUGGUUAUUAUGUAUUGGUUUCCCUCUUUAUUGCAGUUAUCAUAUUUUGGUGGAUUUGAACUGAUUAAUUUUUCAUAAUUUUCCAUGAACUUUUAGGCUCUCUUUCUUCUACGUGAAAGUGGCAGUAUCUGACAGUAAUUAUAGUACGAUCCACUGUACCAACCCUUUUUUAACGUUUUAUGGUUGUAGAUUGUAAUGGUUUUAUUGGGAAGGGUCUUUCGUAAUAAUUGUCACACAUUUUUUUCGGCAAAGUAAUUGUGCUUCCUCUAUGGUUUUUUGUGGUUGUAUUGUUUCUGUAGUAUUCUAUUAAAUCGAUGCAUAA